AUAUAACUGGUGGCAAUAAAUUCAACGUUUUAGUAACCAGAGGAAGACAAAGGGUGUGUGGUUGCAACAUUAUACGCGUUUUUAUACAUUUCUCCGCGAGCUCGUGCUGGGCGCUUAAUAGUGACGUCACGAGUUUGACUUUGGCAUGGGCCGAGCGAGAAGGUAUUUCUGGUAGUGAUGGCGAGGCAUUUGUUUUCAAAGUCGCUCUCGGGGAUCAUCGUGGAAAAUGCGUGCUUAAUGCAGCGGAAGACAUUCAGUCUGUCUGCUGUGGCAGCUGCCAUUCAGAAGAUGACCAGAGUGAGAGUUGUGGACAACAGCACACUUGGAAGUACAGGAUACCGUCGGCCGCCAAGAGUGAUCCAUGUCUACACCAAGAAUGGUAUCGGAAAAGUUGGAGAUAAAGUAUUGCUGGCCAUUAAAGGACAGAAGAAGGCAGCGCUUAUCGUCGGUCACAAAAUGCCCGGAAAACCAAUGACUCCACGCUUUGAUUCAAAUAAUGUCGUUCUGCUCGAGGAAAACGGGAACCCGACAGGAACAAGGAUUAAGGUCCCCUUACCCACACAUUUACGUAAAUUGGAAGGGGACUACUCAAAGGUGUUGGCAAUCGCAAAUUCUUUUGUUUGAAAGACCAAUUUCUCCACUUGUCAGUCAUUUUGUGAAUUACAUAACUGUAAGUAUGGUAACAGGCUGAAGUUUUGUUGACACUGCUCUCUGUGCUUACAAUAAAUAUGGCCUUUACCGUAAAUGCAUGUAGGUCAACUUAAUGUUAUGAUGAACACAAUGAACAAACUUGAAAAAGA